CGCGGCAGGUGACAACCACCCACCACCGGCUCCUCUUGGCAGGGGUUUAACGCUGCAAGUUUGAACCGAAAACCUACUCCUUUCACCUAGUCCACCACAAUAUAUACAUAACGAAGCCAUGUCUUCGGCCAGCCGAGCCGGACUACAGCAGCAUGGCGACCCAGGUCAGAGCGGCAGAGACCUGGCUGGAGGGAUAAUGUACACAGAAAAGCUUCCCGAGCUCCAACCCUCCAGAUGUUUACCAAAGCCAGCGGCCAACGUCAAAGAUAAGCAGACGCCGCUGAAGAACCAGCUCCGCCUCCUCCACACUCAGCCCGGCCGCGCGUGGAGACCGGCCCGCCACGGGAUGCUCCUCCCGGGAUGGGACACGCCGCCGCCGCCCCCGCCCUCGUCCUCCUUUCAUCAGCGCGCACCGCGGGAGGAUCGACUCCCAAAGCGAGCGUAUGCAAACACUUUACCGGAGCUACCGGCACAUGUCAAGGAAAAGAGGGCCCAGCUGGUGCAGAGAGGCGUCGCCGCGCCGACCCCCUGUCCGCCCAAUCAGCCGCCCGCCUCCAAGAGAACCAGGAGGCAGUCCCUCUCCGGCCUCUCCCGGGGCUCCCCCGCCGCCCGGCCCUCGCCCGCCCCGCCGGCGGCCGCCCUGAAGCGACCGCGCCCCAGCGGCGAUGUGGGGGCGGCGGCGGCGGCGGUGGGGGGGGACGCGGCUGUCCUCAGCCCCCCCGACAUCAUCAGACUCAUCCGGAGCAAACCGGACGUCGGCUUCCUCUACAUGACGUCGGCCGUGCCCAGGUCCUCCAUUGACUACGACCCUUUCUACCUGAAAAUCGUAACGUACGAGAACCUCCCCAAGCACGACUACCUCACGGUGAGCCUGGAAGGCGUGCUGUCCGUGACGGAGGACACGCACGACCACGUGCCCCUGGAGCGCUGGGAGCAGGAGUACCACCUCCACCGCCGUCUGCUGCUCAUCCCCACCUUCGCCCGCUUCCCCAAGUGGAGGGCCUUCCGCCUGUGGCGCGGCAACGUGCGCGCCAACAAGAUCCACAAGGACAGGGAGUCACUGCAGGAGAGCCUCAUCAUCGUCAACAAGUCUCUCCGCCCGGCUCUGAUGGACAUACGGGAGAUGUGUUACCGCCUCAGCGACCUGGGUCUGUGCCACAGCGAAGCCGACCGCACCUACGGCCUGCGGGAGUUCCAGGAGAUCCAGCACCGACAUCUGGAAGAGGUGUCUUCGAGGCUGGAGGAGUUUCGGGAGCAGGUGAAGGCGGUGGCCAUGGACGCCUGCCGCAGCGCCAUGCGAGAGGAGGGAUACACACCGGACUCUGACCAAAGGAGGCUGAGCUAUAUGGAAAAGCUCAAGAAGCAACACCACUGCAUUCGCCUCACGUGCUUUGUGCGGCUGAUUGACUACUUGGUGGUCCACACCAUGUACACCCUGAUGGCGAACUCUGUGGCCGGACUGCUGACCGCCUUCCAGGACCAGGUGGGUCAGACCCCCGGGCGGGCCAGCAUCCAGCGCUGGGGCCAGCGUGAGACCACCACAGAGGCCCCCUCUGAAGAGAAGACGGAGGGGACGGAGCAUCCGGAGGAGGAGGUGGUGGAGAUGGAGGAGGUGGAGGAGGGGCCGGUGAGAUGCUGUCCACACUGUGAUUUAAAGAGCAUCCUAGCGGGGGUUCCGUCGUGAAAGGCUUCACCUCGCGGGAGGAUUGGCUCUUAAACACCAGACGGCGCGCGUGUGUGUGUGUGUGUGUGUGUGUCUGUGGUC